GCAGGCUUGCAGGCUUCAUGCGCCACCUUUUCGUAGACACUACGUAAUAGCAUCAUUGCUUCGACGUUCGUCCAUUGCAAUAGAAUUGGCAGGCGCUUAUGUAAUGCCUUCGAACAUCAAAGCAGGAUUGAACCAAAUUCUUCCACUCGUUCUCUUUGCAAUCUCCAUAAUCCAAUCUACGCAACUUUCAACAACACUCGGAUUAGAAGCUUCUUGCACACAGCGCUUCGUGCAUCAGCUCUUCUGGGCUGUCUACAGUGAGCAACAUGGUCGUCCACGCUGCCCUCGCAAAGAGCGUCACGCAGCUGAGCGGUGGGCUGCUCGCCAACAGCCACUGCGCCAUUCCCAACUCCCCCCUCUUCAUCAUCGCAGCCAGGCAGUUUGCAUCAUGGUCUGCCAGCAGUGCCAUCCCGUCGCAUCCUCUGAACCUGACAACAGGCACGGAUUCAAAGAGCGCCACGGGAAGCAGUGCCAACGUGGGGUCUUGGAGCCUGCAGCAGGGGGCCAUCACCAGGGACUGCAGUCUUCCCAGUACCAAGUUCCAAGCCUUUGAUUCAUUUGACAACAUGUCUCUUGGCACAAGGGUGUAUGCCACUUCUGCCAAGCCUCCCUUGCAGCAAGGGUCUGCGGUGGUCAGCCCCCCCACUGGAGCAGCAUACAAGCAUGAGGGCCAGCCAAUGAACAAGUCAGAGGCGCAGGUGGAUAAGGAGCUGGCCGAGGGCAAGUAUGACUACUGGGGGAUUCGCAGGAAGCAGCUGUACAAGGUCGAUGGCACCCCCUGGGUGUGGCACUCUUUCACGCCGGCAGACUCGUACCAGGCUGACACCAGUGUGGACCUCGAGAAGCACUGGCCCGUCUCUGGUGUUGCAGACUGGGUGGCGCUCAAGACGGUCAAGUUCCUGAGGUUCUGGGCCGAUACGCUAUUCCAGAAGCGGUGGGGCUGCCGUGCUGUCAUGCUCGAGACUGUGGCUGCUGUCCCUGGUAUGGUGGCGGGCAUGCUGCUGCACUGCAAGUCGCUGCGGCGCAUGGAGCACAGCGGCGGCUGGAUCAAGGCGCUGCUAGAAGAAGCCGAGAACGAGCGGAUGCAUCUGAUGACGUUCGUGGAGAUCACCAAGCCGCGGCUGUGGGAGCGCGCGCUCGUGUUCGCGGUUCAGGGCGUCUUCUUCAACGCCUACUUUGUGGCGUACGUCCUGUGGCCCAAGGUCUGCCACCGCAUCGUGGGAUACCUGGAGGAGGAGGCCGUCAUCUCUUACACGCAUUACUUGGAGGCCAUUGACAGCGGCAAGAUCGCCAACACGGCCGCCCCCGCGAUUGCAAUCGACUACUGGCGGCUGCCCAAGGAUGCCAAGCUGCGCGACGUGGUCCUCGCGGUCAGGGCCGACGAGGCGCACCACCGGGACGUCAACCACUACGCCGCGAACAUCAAGACGGAAGGAAAGGAUCUCAAGGAGUCCCCUGCACCAAUUGGCUACCACUAGUAAUUGUGAGAUAUUUGGGGCUGCUCUGCUCACGUUGUUGAAUGAUGGGGGUGUGGUGUUGCCGAUUAGACGUAAAUGCUUUUGGAUACAUUCUUGGAGAGAUCAGGCUGGGUCCGUUUUGCAGUUGAUCAAUAUGACAGCCUUUUAGAGAGGGCGUAGUUCGACGACCAUGCUCUCUGUACACAGCUUUCUGCUGAGCGAUUCAGAGAAGCUCAAUCAGGGGCUGGGCUAGGGAUUUGCAAAGCAGUGGGCGUGCAACGUUGGCCUAUAUAUCAUUCAUUUUUGACUCGACAACUCUGACGCCGAGGCUUGUUUCCGCUCGCGGACGCCGUAAAUUGAAGACUUUAUGGCCUCGACCUCGAUCGAGUUUGCGGUAACUUUGUAACAUCCAGUUAUCCAGUUGAGCUACCGUGCUGCAAAAUAGUUAAUGUUGUCAGAGGGCUCGAAACGAGUUGUGGACUAGGGAUAUGCUAGACGAAGUUGAAGUGGAAUUGAAUCGUUUACAAGAUUCACGCUAGCUAUUGUAUUGGAGAUGGCAAUUACAAUCUGGAGUCGUACAUUGGCCCGCUCAUCAACACCGCGAGAAAGCUGUUUCGAAGACUUUACUCGGCAUGGCACGCCGGUACCUAUCUCAAUAGCCGAUACUCAUGGUGAACCGUCUUACGAGAUCAAUCGCGCG